AUGCCGAUAGGCGAUUGCAGCACAUCAAUAAAAAGGGCCGUCCAGUCUCGCAAUGCACGCAUUGCAGGUCCCUCCGCAAGUCUCGCUCGGCGCAUGUUCGCUGCGACUGUGGAGGCGAGAAGGCACACUCGAAAGCCGCUUGUACACACGAAGGGGAUACUCAGGAAAGAUCUUCUUGAUCCUGUUCCAGAGUCGGAUUUUGACGAGCCUGCAUUGCCCUCGGCGCUCGGGAAUGAUAAGCGGAGACCUCGCGCUCUUACCGUACAGUCGGAGAACUCAUUGACAUCUUUCGUCAAUGGCCAUCACAAGCCAAUCCAUAAGCACAACAACAUGGCUCAUAAAUGCGGUCUACCUUAUGUCAUUCCAAGGGCACACACCAUCCACGGGUCAUCACCUUCAGGGUUGGCGAACCGGUCUGUAGAUAACCUGCCACAUACAAACACGGUCGACGCACUACACAGCGAAUCCCACAUCAAGGAUUCGAUAGUCAGUGCACAGCAGGAGCAGCGUAUGGUGAAGUCUGAGCACGGAUCACCUGUAUUGAGCACUACGGCAAACCUGGGGCAAUGGAACGACCUCCUUCCGCCUCUAGACAUCUCAAGUGUCUCUCCAGACCAUAUCCCGGGGAUGGACGGGUUUUCGAACAUCCCGGAUCACGAGCAGCCAUUGUUCUCAGCAGGGCUAAGCGCAGCCUCCGUUGAUUGGUCCCAUUACGAUGGCCUUGACUUCAAUAAUGACGACUUUGCAACUUCAUCAUAUAGUCAACCACCAUCGUUCACCGGCUUUGACUUCAAUAGCAUCGACCAACCUGCUCUAACAACCACCUCAACAUCAGGCGAGAUCUCAGAAGUAGAAGACUUCGGAUCUCUUGGGGACCCUGUUACCACCCAACUACCCUUAGUGACCAGCACUAAAUAUGGGUCUGACUUUGAUGCUUCCGAAAUUGGUGGCGAAAUUGACGGGUAUCGUCUCAGCACCGCAUCGUCGUACGUCGGCUUGCCACAGGUUCAGAUGCUAGCUGGCAACAAUGCCGAAGCCCUCGAUCUUGAGACCUUCUUGAAAAGUAAUGUCACAUCAAACAUGUACUUAGAUACAAACCAACCGCUUGUCACUACUUCAAUGGCUGAAGGCAAUAAGAUGGGUCAAGAUAUGGCUUGUUUUGAUGAUAAUACCAGUUUUCCGUUGCUCUCGGUUGACGGAGACAAUGACGCUUUCUGGAUGAAUGACUUCACAUCCAGCAGUAUUGCAAUCAAUGGCAGCGGAUACGGAGAGCUACCGGAGGAAAAUGUUUGGGCUCAAUAA